AUGUGCCAGGACCAGGAAGUGACCAUGUGCCAGGACCAGGAAGUGAACAUGUGCCAGGACCAGGAAGUGACCAUGUGCCAGGACCAGGAAGUGACCACACGGCAGGACCAGGAAUCCAGCUGUUGCAAGCCCUGUUGCUGCCAGUCCAGCUGUUGCAAGCCCUGCUGCUGUCAGUCCAGCUGUUGCAAGCCCUGCUGCUGCCAGUCCGGCUGUUGCAAACCCUGCUGCUGUCAGUCCAGCUGUUGCAAGCCCUGCUGCUGCCAGUCCGGCUGUUGCAAACCCUGCUGCUGCCAGUCCAGCUGUUGCAAGCCCUGCUGCUGUGAGUCCAGCUGUUGCAAACCCUGCUGCUGCCAGUCCAGCUGCUGCAAACCCUGCUGCUGCCAGUCCAGCUGUUGCAAGCCCUGCUGCUGCCAGUCCGGCUGUUGCAAGCCCUGCUGCUGCCAGUCCAGCUGUUGCAAACCCUGCUGCUGCCAGUCCGGCUGUUGCAAACCCUGCUGCUGCGAGUCCAGCUGUUGCAAGCCCUGCUGCUGCCAGUCUAGCUGUUGCAAGCCCUGCUGCUGCCAGUCUGGCUGUUGCAAACCCUGCUGCUCUCAGUCCACCUGUUGCAAGCCCUGCUGCUGCCAGUCCGGCUGUUGCAAACCCUGCUGCUGCCAGUCCGGCUGUUGCAAACCCUGCUGCUGUCAGUCCAGCUGUUGCAAGCCCUGCUGCUGUGACUGUUGCAAACCCUGCUGCUGCCAGUCCAGCUGCUGCAAACCCUGCUGUUGCAAACCCUGCUGCUGCGAGUCCAGCUGUUGCAAGCCCUGCUGCUGUCAGUCUAGCUGUUGCAAGCCCUGCUGCUGCCAGUGCAGCUGUUGCAAACCCUGCUGCUGCCAGUCCAGCUGUUGCAAACCCUGCUGCUGCCAGUCCGGCUGUUGCAAGCCCUGCUGCUGUCAGUCCAGCUGCUGUGCCCCUGUGUGCUGCCAGUGCAAGAUUUGA